AUGACAAAACAUUUGCAUCAUGCUAUUGAAUCUAGAAAUGAGGGCUGGGACUCUGUUUUAGAUAUUAGCCAGUUUGAGGGAGCUAUUCGAGAAAUCAAAUUCUGGAAAAAGAAAAUAUUUAGUAAACCAACCAGACGUUUGUUCAGUACUGGUAUUGAGUCAGUAACUGUCUAUUCUGAUGCAAGCCAAAUAGCCUGCGCUGCUUAUAUUGAAGGUAAUAGCGAUAAAAUUUGUCAUAGGAAUUGGUCUCAGUCCGAAAUGGACACCAGUUCUACAUGGCGCGAGUUAACUGCUAUUUUAUUUGCCUUAAAAAGUUUUUUACCUUUUAUAGCGGGGUUAACUGUGAGGUGGUGCACAGAUAAUCAGAAUUGUGUUCAUAUUGUUGAUGGGGGGAGUACGAAAUUAGAUUUACACAGGAUAGCUUUAGAUAUAUUUGAAUUGUGCAUUAAACAUCAGAUUUCUUUACAUAUGACAUGGGUUCCCAGAGAAUCUAAUGCUUUGGCUGAUUAUUAUAGUAAACUAUGUGAUGUUGAUGACUGGGGCGUUUCAGGAGAGUUUUUUGAUUUCAUUGAUUUAAUGUGGGGACCUCAUACAGUAGAUCGUUUUGCGAACCAUUAUAAUCGAAAAAUUGUUCGUUUUAACAGUUUAGUUUGGGUUCCGGGCACUGAGAAAGUUGACGCGUUUUCUGUAAAUUGGGCUAAUGAAAAUAACUGGUUAGUACCUCCUGUAGCUUUAGUUCCCAGAGUUAUAAAUUUUCUGUUGGCUUAUCUGAUCGCACGAAAUCUCAACACAGUUGAUUUUCAAGAUCCGGAGUUGUCUUCCUUGGCUGCUGAAUUACCAAAUUUCAUAUUGAAAUCUAAAGCUUCUAACACUGUGAAAAAGUAUCAAAGAGUUUUCGGAAAAUGGUGUUUUUGGGCACGGGAACACGGUGUCGAAUCUUUACCAGCUAGUGAUUUGAAUUUGGCUUUAUAUCUCAUAUCAGUUAUUCAGAGAUCAAAUUCUCCAACUUCUGUUGAUGAAGUUUAUUAUUCAGUAAAAUGGGCUCAUGAUUUGGCUGGUUUUAGUUCUAAUCCUUGUGAUUCUACUUGGGUUAAAUCAGUCAGGGAAGCAGCACACCGGAUUUUGGGACAUUCUGUGUCGAAAAAAGAACCUGUAACUCCUUUAAUGUUAAAUGAACUUAUGGACAAGUUUGGAGGUGAAGAUUCAAAUUUAAUGUAUUUGAGAAAUUUAUGUAUGUGUUUUGUAGCUUAUGCAGGGUUUUUACGAUUUUCUGAGUUAAGUGACCUAAGACGAUCAGAUCUUCAGUUUUUUCAGGAUCAUGUUUGUAUCUAUAUAAGGUCAAGCAAAACGGACAUAUAUCAUGAAGGUAAAAACUGUAUUAUAGCUAGGACUGGUAAAAAGACAUGCCCGGUGUCUUUGUUAGAGAGAUAUAUAGAUAUGAGUAAUAUUACAGAUGAUUCGAACGAUUUUAUUUUCCGUUCAGUGUCUUACUGUAAAUCAACAAAUACUUAUAAAUUAAAAGGAGUUAAUCAUUUGUCAUAUACUAGGGUUAGAGAAAUUGUACUUAACAUGUUUUCUGAGAUUGGUUUAGAUAAGAAAAAAAUUGGGAUUCAUAGCCUUAGGUCCGGUGGUGCUACAGCUGCGGCUAACUUCGGAAUUCCGGACCGUUUGUUUAAGAGACAUGGCCGUUGGCGGUCCGAAAAGGCUAAAGAUGGUUAUAUUAAAGAUGAAUUUAGUAAACUUCUUUCAGUGUCAAAAAAUUUAG